AACAUCUGGCGUGCUGAGUUUGCCUAUGCCUGAUUUAACUCCUCUGAAGGAGCCGUGUGUUAGCAAGGUGCUGAUGGCUGAGGAUUCUGGAGGGUGAGAAAGGAGGGAGUGGUUAUGGGCAAAGACGCAGAAGCCGGAACCCCUGGCUGCCUUCAUAACUGCCCCUAAUUUGUCAUUCAGCAGCAAAAUUGGCCUUUGAAUACGAGUUGCUGGGAAUCACAGGUAGGGAGAGGGCUGUUGCACUUAGGUCUUGCUUGCGGGCUUCUUACAAUGGGCAUCUAGUUGGCCCCUGUGAGAACAGAGUACUAGACUAGAAUAGCCUUUGGCCUCAUCCAACAGAGCUCUUCUUGUGUUCUUAUGAGAUAAAGAGCUGAGAGAGGAGGGGAGCUAGCCCUCCAUCUUUAAGAAUAUAUGAAGAGGUGGCUGGAUCAAACCAAUGGCCCACCUAGUCUAGCAUCCUGUUCCCACAUUGGUCAGCCAGAGGCCCAUGGGAAACCUGAAGGCAGGACCCAACCACAACAGCACCCCCUCCCCACUUGUGAUUCCCAGCAACGGAUAUACAGAGCCAUGCUGGAUCCAAUAGUGGAGGUAGAACAUAGACACCAUGGCUCUUUAUAUUUUCUCUCCAUGCUUCUCAAUGGGCAAAGCGUUUGAUGAAUGUAACCUGCAGCCAGGUUCUUAGGUUCUCCGUGUGCCAGGGAAAUACACCUGUCUAGCUGUUCCUUCAGGCUGAAGUGCUUGGUUAAACCUGUAUGUGCAAAAAAGAAAAGAAAAUCCAAACUCUGUAUUAGCAACACUUCUUGAGAAAAUGUAAAGGUAUCCUUAUGUUGGGUAAUGUGGAAAAAAAUUGAGAGGGUCCAUCAGUAUUGCCUUUCCACUGGCUUCUGAAGACACACCUGGUUAGAGCGGAAUGCCUGUGCAGCCGUUGCCCAAGGAGAUGGAGGCGGAAGGAGACUCGACCACAGAGAUGAACGGCGAAGAAGAGAGCGAGGACGAGCGCAGCGGCAGCCAGUCUGAAUCAGAAGAGGAGAGUUCAGAGAUGGACGAUGAAGAUUAUGAACGGAGACGCUCGGAGUGCCUAGAUGAAAUGUUAGACUUAGAGAAGGAGUUCUCUGAAGUCAAAGAGAAGCUGUUCAAGGAGCGCCUGAGCCAGGUGAAGGCAAAGCUGGAGGACGUGAUGGCGGGGAAAGCGUCAGAGUACCUUGACCCGCUCGGGGUCUUGCAGAACCACAUGCAGAUUCGGAUUGAAGUGGCUGGGAUCUACCGAGGUUUCUGCCUGGAGGUGAUCCACCACAAGCACCGUUGCGAGCUGCAGGGAGCACAGCAGCACCUGGAGAGUGAGAAGCUGCUGCUGUUCGACACCCUUCAGGAACGCCUCUUGGAACGGAUCCAGUGCUUGGAGGACGACAGGCACAGUGUGGGCCUCACUUCAGAAUGGUGGGAUGACAAACUUCGACCGAAGCACAGCUCAAAGGAAUGGGACCCACUCCGGCCUGGCAAGAGGAAGAAAGCACCACUGGUGUCUGGCCCGUACAUCGUCUACAUGCUGCAUGAAAUGGAUAUCAUGGAGGACUGGACAGCCAUCAAAAAGGCUAAAGCGGCUGUGUCCUCGCCAAAGAGGAAACUAGAAGGCCCAGUGAAGGCCGAGAAACUGCCGUCCCCUGCCCUGUUCUCUGCUCACUGUGAAGAUGGCCAGCUCCACUACGAAGGCGAGGCCUACGUCAAAGGGCAGAGCAUCUCCUUGCAAGUUGGGGACGAGGCACCUGUCCAGGCUGUGAUCACUGCCAUCAGCACUGGGGAGGUUUGGCUGCGCAGGGAAGACGGCAGCAAGACCAAAAUCUACGUCUCGCAACUCCAGAAGGGCAAGUAUUCCGUGUGCAAGGUCUAGCAGCGCAGACUUUGGCUCUCUCGCUUCUCCUGGAACAGGCACAGCUUCUUUCUCUUGGAAACCAAGGGACUUCGGAGCAGCAAAGACCACCCCGAACCACCCCAGUUUGGGCUGCAGCAGGUGGAAGGGAGAAGGGCUUGCUUACAGUUACCUUGGAAUCAUACCAGCAUCGCUGCCCCUAGUGACCGGGGGCCCUUGGCGUGGAGCCCUCCCCCUCCAGCCCCCUGUUGGUCCUGCGGCAGUUUUGAUUGUGCUUGCCCAGCGUGCCCCUCCCUCCGUGUUUGGGGCUGGGCCUUGACGGCAGCUCCUCUCAAUAAAACACCAAAGUGAAAUACCUCC